AUCGUUUGUUUUUAGGGUUUCUGGCUCGUCCUACAGGAACUGAGUGAGAGAGGGAGGGAGAGAGAAGAGAGAGAGUUCGCUAGCUAUCACCAUGGGUCGUAUGCACAGUCGAGGUAAGGGUAUCUCCUCGUCGGCUCUGCCGUACAAGAGGACUCCGCCUUCUUGGUUGAAGAUUUCUUCUCAGGAUGUUGAGGAGAACAUCUGUAAAUUCGCAAAGAAGGGUUUGACGCCGUCUCAGAUUGGUGUUAUUCUUCGUGAUUCUCACGGUAUUGCUCAGGUCAAGAGCGUGACGGGUAACAAGAUCUUGCGUAUCCUUAAGGCUCAUGGGCUUGCUCCUGAAAUUCCUGAGGAUCUGUACCACCUCAUUAAGAAGGCUGUUGCAAUCCGAAAGCAUCUUGAAAGGAACAGGAAGGACAAGGAUUCCAAGUUCAGAUUGAUUUUGGUCGAGAGCAGGAUCCACCGACUCGCUCGCUACUACAAGAGGACAAAGAAGCUUCCUCCCGUCUGGAAAUACGAAUCAACCACUGCAAGCACUCUCGUUGCUUAGUGUAGAUUUUGUGUUUGGAAGGCGCAGAUGGUGCAAAUUCUAUGGAAGUGAAACUCUGCAGCCCUUUUUUCUAAUUUUUGAUAGAUUUGUUGUUUAAAGCGAGAACAGUGGUUAAAAGUUUAGAGAGUUGCUUGUGGUGAACUCUUUAGGAUGAAGAUUUUGAUUUCCGGGACCAACUGCUACUUUGAAUUUUGUUAUGUUCGUCUGCUAGAUAAAGUAUAUUUGAUUUUUUUUUUGAAUCA